AUGGCCACCACUUCUCCCUCGCGCGUCCCCACCCGGCCUAGAACGGUGCUCGUAGUCGGAGCCAACGGUUAUUUGGGGUCGGCCAUCUGCAACGCCUUCCUGCGGGCCCCGUGCCACCCCCAGUCCUUCCGCGUGUACGGGCUCGUGCGGCGCACCUCGGCCGCGCGGGCCCUCGCAGCGGCCGAGGUCAUCCCCAUCGUCGGCUCGCUCUCCGGCGACCGCGACACCCUCCCGGCCGCCAUCCUCUCCCGCCACAGCCGCACGUGGGACGCCAUCGUGACCUGCACCGAGCCCGCACGCUCGGCCGACGACCCGGCCUCGACAGCCCGGCAUUGGGACGACGUGCUGCACCUGGUCCGCACCCUGGCGUCCGCGUCGGCGGCCGAGGGCGUGCGCCCGCUGGUCCUGUGGUCCUCGGGAUGCAAGGACUACGGCAUGACCGGACUGCAUGGUUCGACGACCGGGGACUUAUUGGCGCCACAUACGGAGGACUCGCCCAUCGGAGACGUCCAUCCCCUCAUCCGGGGGCGGGCCGAGGCUGCCCUGCGCGCGCUGGAAGAAGCGGGGAAGCCCGGCGGGGCGGAUUUCGAUGUUGCUGUCGUGCGGGCCACGCCCGUGUUUGGGUACAGCGGGAGUUACUACGGCGCCGGGCUGGACUAUGCCGCUGCCUUCCGGGCUGCGGUGGGUGAUGCAAAGGACCCAGUUCUCAAGUUCACGGCCCACGGUGGAACCGUCAUCCACGGGGUGCAUGUCGACGACUGCGCCGAGGGCUACGUGGCUCUGGCGACUACGGCGCUCUUUGGGUCUUCCGAGGGCCACGACCGCGCUGCCGUCGCGGGACAGGCAUUCAAUAUCUCGGGUCGGCGAUAUGAGACCUUGGAGGAGGUUGGAAGAGCCCUAGCCGAGGAGUACGGAUUUGCCGGCGGAGCUGAGUUUGGCGUUGCCCCGGAUGAGCUUCCGGAGGCGGUGACGGGUCGCAGUGUGGACUUGCUAUUUGGUUGGAGUCAGUGGGUCGCCAGCGACAAGAUCAGGCGCGUGGCGGGCUGGGCAGAUUGGCGUCCCUUGUUCUCGGAGAAUCUGCAUGUGUACCGCCUGGCCUAUGAUGCCGCAGUCGAGGCGGGAUCCGACGGCGUAGGGAAGGUCAGGAAGAGGAUGGGAGGGAACUGGAGCGAAGAGUAG